CGGCGCUCGACUGCUAGUGUCUGGCGGCGGCAGCAUGGCGGCGGGGGCGGCAGAAGCAGCUGAGGUGUCCGCGGCAGUGGUGGAGGUUGGCUCGGCCCGGCAAUUUGAGGAGCUACUGCGCCUCAAAGCCAAGUCACUCCUCGUGGUCCAUUUCUGGGCACCAUGGGCUCCACAGUGUGUACAGAUGAACGAUGUCAUGGCAGAGUUAGCCAAAGAACACCCUCAUGUUUCAUUUGUGAAGCUGGAAGCCGAAGCUGUUCCUGAAGUAUCUGAAAAAUAUGAAAUUAGUUCUGUCCCCACCUUCCUGUUCUUCAAGAAUUCUCAGAGAGUCGACCGGUUAGAUGGUGCACAUGCCCCAGAAUUGACCAAAAAAGUCCAGCGACACGUGUCUAGCGGAUCCUUUCCUCCUAGUGCUAAUGAACAUCUUAAAGAAGAUCUCAACCUUCGCCUGAAAAAGUUGACUCACGCUGCCCCCUGCAUGCUGUUCAUGAAGGGAACACCUCAAGAACCACGCUGUGGUUUCAGCAGGCAGAUGGUGGAAAUCCUUCACAAACACAAUAUUCAGUUCAGCAGUUUUGAUAUCUUCUCAGAUGAGGAAGUUCGACAGGGGCUCAAAACAUACUCUAAUUGGCCCACCUAUCCUCAGCUCUAUGUUUCUGGAGAGCUCAUAGGAGGACUUGACAUAGUUAAGGAGCUGGAAGCAUCAGAAGAGCUAGAUACAGUUUGUCCCAAAGCUCCCAAGUUAGAGGAGAGGCUCAAAGUGCUGACCAAUAAAGCUUCUGUGAUGCUCUUUAUGAAAGGAAACAAACAGGAAGCAAAAUGUGGAUUCAGCAAACAAAUUCUGGAAAUCCUGAAUAGUACUGGGGUUGAAUAUGAAACUUUCGAUAUACUGGAGGAUGAAGAAGUGCGGCAGGGAUUAAAAACGUUCUCGAACUGGCCAACCUACCCUCAGCUGUAUGUGAGAGGGGAGCUUGUAGGAGGAUUGGAUAUUGUUAAGGAACUGAAAGACAACGGUGAAUUGCUGCCUAUAUUGAAAGGAGAAAAUUAGUUAAUGUUAAGCAUGGUGUCCAAGGACUGCAAGAAGUAUUUGAUUACAGUGGAACAGUUGAUGAUUUGGUCCUGAGAAGUGGACUAGGAGUAGAAAUGUGUCUCACCCAGCUAUGCUCUGUGCAUUUCACACAGCUGUGCUGAAGAAACGUAUGUUACAUUUUCCAUGAAACAUAGAAGGCAAUAAACUCUUCAGAUUCAGCUAAAAAUGA